AUGGCAGCGGCAACGGCGACGGCGACACCAACGACAGCAACGGCGACAACACCCGAUUCCGCUGCCAAGUGCUCGUUCAUUCUGGGUCAAUGUUAUUGCUCGAAAUCACCAAAGAAGAAAUCGUGCACCGGUACAGAGGUCGGAGCUCCCAUCCCGAAGAGUAUCGCCACGCAUACGAGUCCCUGCACGGAAGCUUGCGCUGCAGCUGCGGCAGCGGCGGCAACGGCUACGGCUACGGCUACGGCAGCAGCAGCUGUAGCGGCAGCGGCGACAACGACGACGGCGACGACUAUUGCGACUCCACCACUGACCCCGACGAGCCUUGAGAGUAGCCCCGAGAUCCCAACUACCGAUCCCACAUCAAAUCCGACGGCGACUCUCGACACGAGAGCUCUCGUCGAGGCUUCCCGCAAUCUCACUCAGAAACUCAAGCAACUAUCCUCCGAGGAGAACGCGAAGCGGCGCCAGGGUGCGAUAAUCGAAAGCAUGCACCAUCAUGGCAAGGGCGUGUACACGGGGACGUUUAGCGGUACGUUAAACCCCGCGCUUCAGGAUCGUCACGGUAGGCCCAAGCGCGACAUCAGCACCAUUAUCCACAUAUUGAACGACCUGCUGUGUGCAACCCCGGCCACCAGCGCGGGUCAUUAUAGGAACCACAGGCAUCCGGGUGCGCAUCGCGGCACUGCCGGUGCCAGUGUAACUGGAGCCCAGGUCGCCGCAGCCAAUCAGCCAAGCUCCAUGUUCGCCGCCAACUCCGCGUCGCCGGCCUCCGUCAUGGGUGCAACCGGACUCGAGACAGCGGUCGCUUGUCACGACGUGCCCAAUACUAGCUACUCCAGCGAGGAACUUUCCAAAGAAAACGAGGCGACGAAGGGAAAAAUGAGGCGACUACGCCUCGUAAUGGAGCAGCGCCGGGAGAAGUUGCGCGCGAGGAGAAAAAGUAUCGUGAUGAACCCCAAUGGGAUCCUGGGUGUGUUUCCAGAUUAUAUUGGACUUGGGUUAAAUGUACAAAGUAUCAAAAAAUUGGCAUUGUAA